AUGGUUGUUCGCAUUCGUCUUGCACGCCACGGUCGUCGUAAUUUACCUUAUUAUCAUAUAGUUGUGGCAAAUGCUCGUACAGCACGUAAUAGUAAACCCUUGGAGAAGAUUGGCACAUACAACCCCAUUCCUGAUUCUUCAGGCAACAAGAUGAUUAACUUGAACUUUGAAAGAGCAAAAUAUUGGUUGACCGUUGGAGCACAACCCUCAGAAACAGUGCAGAGCAUUUUAGUAAAGGCUGAACUUAUGCCAGCGCCACCAAAACCAUCUUUAUUACAACAAGCGUCGAAAAAGUUUAAAGAAGAACAAGCAUAA